AUGCUGCUUUCAAGAGUUCCCAGACACCGUGGUUUCCACGCCGUCAUACAGGGACCCUUGAAUGGACUGUCCUACGCGAGCAGAAGCUCCCGACUGGCCUCUACGGCGGCAAAACCUCCAGAAAAGCCCAAUGGCUCCGGCUUCAAAGUGAAGAAGAUCCCAUACAUCGCUGGCGGCACCACCGUAGCUAUCUUGGGCCUGCUGUGGACGGGACAGAGCGAUAGCGAUGCUUCCGAAGACCUGCGAGACAAGGAGGCCCUCUCAAGUGUUCCAUUGACGAAACUCUUUUCCGGCUGGAUCUCUUUCGCAUUCUGCUCGUCCGCAACAUGGGUCGACAUGAGCGAAACACUAUACACCAUCUUAUCCAACAUGCCCCUAAUCUCAAGCAUAACCAAUGCAGUCGUCAUGAGAACCUUCUUCAAUCAAUUCCUCGGAGGCGAGACCGUCACCGAAUGCAUCCCAAAGAUGGAGACCCUACGCGCGAACCAAAUCGGCACUCUCCUCGGCUACAACAUCGAAGCCGAGCUAGACGGCUCCAGCAAAGAUAUAAACCUGAUCCGCGCGCAGACCGAGCACGUCCUCGCCUCCAUCUCAGCCCAGGGGCGCCUAGCCCGGCGGUUCUGGCCCAACCCCGACGCCACAGGCGGCGACAACCGCUGCUGGGUGCGCAUCAAGAUCACGGGGCUGCUGCCCAACCCGGGUGCGCUCUACCGCGGCUCGAACGCGAUCCUGGCGGCGCGCGAGGCGAGGGGUCUGGACGCCGACGUCCCAUAUCCGGGGCUGCCGCACGACGGGGACUGGGACGCGGCGUUGGCGGGGGAGGGCGUUACGGGCGCUGAUCGAGCCGAGCUGGUCGAGUUGCGUCGGACGUUGGAGACGAUUGCGACGAGGGCGCGCGAGAAUAACGUGCGCGUUGUCAUAGACGCCGAGCAGUCGUGGUACCAGCCUGUUAUUGAUAGCUUGACUGAUGAGCUGAUGCAGAAGUAUAAUAGUAAUAGCAUGGUGGACGGCGGCGGACCGGCUACCUGCGUUGCGUCGUUCCAGGCUUACCUCCGUCGGUAUCCGCAGCUGUUGGAGCAGCAGAUUGCGCGCGCUGAGGAGAAGGGGUAUAAGUUACUUUUUAAGCAGGUUCGCGGUGCUUAUAUGGUUACGGAGGCUGCGCGGUGGGAGAGGGAGGAUCGUGAGGGCGAUGGCCCCGUGUGGUCGACUAAGGAGGAGACUGAUGCAAGCUAUAACUAUGGGGUUGAAAAGACUGUCGCCACGGUGGCUGAGCAGUUGCGUCGCGAUGGUCGGUCGAGAGUCUCGGUCGUCUUUGCUACGCAUAAUUCUAUUAGUGUCAAUCUUGGGAUCAGGCUGCUUGAGAAGUAUGGGUUGGCUGUGCGUCAGGAGGGCGACGAUCGACUUUUCGUCUCGGGUGAGGUGGCGGGGAGUAUUGCGUUUGCGCAGUUAUAUGGAAUGAAAGACGACCUCACCAAUCAGAUCACUGGCUCCAUUGCGACGGAGGGCACAUUCCCUCUGGUCGUCAAGUCAAUGAGCUACGGAGACUUGAAGGAAUGUCUACCAUUCUUGGCCCGGCGAGCCACCGAGAACAAAGCCGUACUGGAAGGACGAGGCGGCGCAGCUGCUGAGAGGGAGCGACUGGGUCGUGAGAUUCGUCGACGAGUUCUGCCUUUCACCGAUUAG